CCUCUCGCCCCCGCCUGCGGGAGUCGCGGCGUUGCGGAUUGGAGCAGGUUUCCGGUGGACCCCAGGUUUGGCUGGGAAUCCAGGCCUGAGCAGAGCAUAAACCCGGCUGGCGAGCAAGCGAGCAGAAGGCAAGUGACUAGCAGCGAGUUCACGGCAGCGUGUGGCGCUGGAGGGUGCUGCCUGCGCGCUUCCAGGCCGCCCAGCUCUUGGGCUCUUGGAGGGAUAACUGGCACCCGGAGCCGAAGACCUAGGGCAGACAGAGGUGCUGCCGAGGUGCUAGGAGCUAGGGGUCGAGGGGCCUGAGGCUUGGGCGCUGCCUGGGCCGAGCAGACCCUGACGCGAGUGGAGCCGCCCAGGGAGCAUGAGCGGGCAGCGCGUGGACGUCAAGGUGGUAAUGCUGGGCAAGGAGAACGUGGGCAAGACGAGCCUGGUGGAACGAUACGUGCACGACCGCUUCCUAGUGGGGCCCUACCAGAAUACCAUUGGGGCUGCUUUCGUGGCUAAAGUGAUGUCCGUCGGAGACCGGACAGUGACUUUGGGUAUUUGGGACACAGCAGGCUCUGAGCGCUAUGAGGCCAUGAGUAGAAUCUACUAUAGGGGUGCCAAAGCUGCCAUCGUCUGCUAUGACCUCACGGACAGUAGCAGCUUUGAAAGAGCAAAGUUCUGGGUAAAGGAGCUGCAAAACCUAGAGGAGGGCUGUCAGAUCUACCUGUGUGGCACCAAGAGUGACCUGCUGGAGGAAGACCGGCGGCGUCGACGUGUAGACUUCCAUGAUGUCCAGGACUAUGCAGACAGUAGCUACUCAACCCAGGGAAAGGGGUGGGGGCUGGAGAUAUCAAAGCACGGCUCUUUGAAACAUCCAGCAAGACAGGCCAGAGUGUGGACGAGCUCUUCCAGAAAGUGGCAGAUGAUUACGUCAGUGUGGCUGCCUUCCAGGUGAUGACAGAGGACAAGGGCGUGGACCUGGGCCAGAAGGCAAACCCCUACUUCUACAGCUGUUGUCAUCACUGAGGCACCACUAACCUGACCCUGGGGAAUUAAAGAAAUUCCUAGAAGGGUUGGAUCCAGCUCUUGUCUAGGAUUGGGUGGUCAAAUGUCUGAGCUACCCCAGGUCUCCAGAGGAGCCACCGCCUGUGCUGGCCCAUGGAAUGGAGGCAGCAUUGGGUUGACUCUGGGCAUUAGGAAGGCUAAAGGCUGAUUUCAAUCUCAGGCUUCUGUCCUGGACAGCACUUUGUCUACAGGUUAAGUGGCUUUUGAUCCGUAAAUAAAACCAAUGCACUAUGAAUUAUA